AUGUCGGCCAAAGUCAGCAGUCGUAGUCGACAAAGCAGCGAUGCCACCGUCCGAUCACAUUGGUCAAGACCCUCAACCAAACGCCAAACGACAUCAAAGACGACCGAAGAAGAGGACGUGGAUGGAAAGCCUGCAGGAGAGGAAGGUCGGAAGAGGAGGACAAAGCACAGGAAGACUUCCCUCUCCGACUCAAGAAGGCUGCAUAAGACGAGAACCAGGUCACAAUCAAGCAAGACGGACAGUCAAAAGUCGCGGAAGAGUCACCAAAGCAAGAGUUCCUCGCGAAGUGCUGAGAAACAUGGCAGGAGAACAAAUGCUGAAGAGCAUGUGCACAUAAUAGAAGCAAAAAGCUCCAAGGCUCGGUCACGGAGUCCCUCCCCAAAGCCCAGCUCCCGACGCAGACGCAGUAGCCCUGCGGCGUUGGAGGUUGAGGUAACCCCUGAUGAUAGCAUAUCGCAAGUCGGAUUGAAACCCAGAAGCAGCCGACCGGAGACGAAGAGGCGAAGUACACAUUCGAAGCUGGCACGCAUCACCGAGGACGACGACGAUGCGCCAGGUUAUGCUACACCGCCGCGUCCUGCCAAGAAACACUCCAUCUUCGACACCCUUUUCGGCCGGCGUCGUAAAGACGACGACGUGACUGGGGAAGAGAGAGCUAGAUCUGAUCGUUCUCAGAGGGAAUCUAGAAGAAGUAUGUCAUACAUGGAUGACAUCGACGCCCGCGCUCGACAUAGACGAGAUGAGGAAGACCUCACCACGCGGAUGCGACUUGCAGACCUAAACGACCACAACAAAGACUUUCUUGCACGAAAGCAUGCGGACGUCGAGACUUGGGGUUUAGGAAAUGCCGCCGGACAUUUCAUGAACGAUGACUUUGUACGGCAGAAUGCCUCGCGACUUGCCAUGAGUUCGUUUGGAGAUGCCAAAAUGGGUCGACGUGGUGAACGGGCAUCUGGUCGCCGUGCACAGCCGAAGGUGGUUCGCGAAGUGGAUGACUCGGGAUUGGCACCCAACUUCUUGGGAGAUCAGAGUGUUGUUGGAUUUGGAGCUUUUGCGCCGCGUACGAGCAGGCACCCGCGUUGA